AUGUCGCAGGAUUACUGGCAAGUACAAAACAACCCCAAGGUCCAUGAAGGUCCUGUUGAACUUGAUGAAGGCAUCAUUUCUCGUCUCCCCCCAGGUGCCAUCGUCGAAGGCUGCGAGGGCCAUGGCAAAAGCAACUGGAAUACCACAGCGCGGGUUGACCUCGACAUCCAGGGCUCGCAACUCUCCUAUUUUCUCAAGGCAAGUAUUUCUUUCACCUGGCUAGCCGUGGAUCGCUACUCAUCAACUAUGCAGCGGAGGGAGGGGCCUAACGCCCGUCCCAUGUUCCAAGGCGAGUACGAGUCCAUGAAGUUGAUCAACAAAAUCAUUCCGGAUUUCUCUCCCACACCAGUCGCUUGGGGAAAACUGCGCAAUUCUGAUGGCUAUUUCAUUCUCUUCUCUUUCCAUGACCUUGGCGAAGACAAGCCUCCGAUCCCACUCUUCACCCAGGUGGUCGCUCAACUCCACACCCUCAGCAUCGACGCGAAUCCUACCGGCAAAUUCGGCUUCCACAUGGCUACAUAUAAUGGAACGCUUAAGCAGGACAAUACUUGGACUGACACAUGGGAAGAAUUCUAUGCUAGAGGGAUGCGGCACAUGCUGAAACUUGAGGAAGAGGCGAGAGGGCUAAGUGAGGAGCUACAACAGCUAUCAGGCCCAUUCUUUGACAAAGUCAUCCCGAGACUGCUUCGACCUCUGGAGACAGGCGGGAGAAGCAUCAAGCCUGUGCUUCUCCACGGUGACUUAUGGCUCGGGAACGUGUCUACUCAAGCUGAGUCUGAAAAUCCUCUGUUGUUUGAUGCAUCGGCGUUUUGGGGCCACAAUGAGUAUGAGCUUGCAACCCUGCGCCUCUUGCGGAAUGACUGGGCAAAGGAAUGUCUUAAGAGUUAUCACGAGCACUUUCCGAAGUCCGAGCCCGAAAAUGACUGGGAAGCGAGAAACUCCCUCUAUUCCACGUUGGUACUAUCUCUUCCGCGUCGACCUAUCUCCCUCGUUUUACUAACUUGA